UUGAAUAUUUCGAAUAAGUUCCCAACAUUCUAAUGCUAAGGGCCAAAUACGUACUUUAAAAUUAUUAAUUGUCUGUUGCAACGAUAAGAUGGACGUAGGCUCAAGCGCAACAUCUUCUUCGCGUAUGAAAAAUCUCGAGGAAUAUAAAGAUGUUGACGAAAUCUCUUACGACGCAGAGAUUUUGACACGUGACAAUUUCAUUCUUUCACAGUUAGUUGAAGUAUUUGAGAGGUACUUGAGGAAAAGAAGUCCAGCUUUGUUGAGUGGAAUGGAAAGAUUCCUAGAGUCCCAGUUGAGUGUCAGAGGUUCGGUGAGGACGGAUAGGUCGGUUUCGGUUUCUUCAGCAAAGAGUCUUCAGUCUCCAGUUAAUACGCUAGUAAGGACAUCUACAACCUCUAGUACCUUGCGGGGAUUGGCUUCUCGCAGCAAUGCCAAGUCCUCAUUGGGAGGCUUCAAGAUAAGCGCCGCGGUCAAGGCAGACCUCGUAGAGAAGGAACUGGAAGACAACAGAAUGACGAUGGAGAAGCUCCAGAGGAAGUUUGAAUCUGCAAAGUUUCUUUUGCAAACAGAGGAAGAAAAUCUGAGAGUUGACAUAGAGUUUUUGGAUGAAGGCAAAAGAGCGCUGGAAGGUUUUGUUGUCCAAAGUACUGAAACAAAAAGUGGUCAAGUUUAUCACGAUAAGUUCUUGAGGUUUUUGGAACAAGAGCUUCAAGAUGGUGAUCGUUAUUUGAGGAAAACUAAACUCAAUUCGAAAUCGUUGUAUACAAAUUACAGACGUGUGUUGGCACGGCAACAUCAACGAAUGGAAUUGAGAGAAUGGCUUCAUCCGAUUGAUAUAGAAAAGUUACUCAUAGAGAAUCAAGAACAACUCGAUGUUUUGGAUGGAAAAAGCAAAAAGCUUGAAGAAUUAAAAAGAACUGCUGGAAGAAAGGGUCAGACAUUGGUGUCUGUUAAAUCAAGGAUGAACGAUACAGUUCUUUCAUUAGUGAAUUUAAAGUACGACAUUAACCAGAAAGGCACUAAGAGUAAAUAUAUCAAAGAGCAAGAAAAUCAAAAUCAGAGUUUAUUGAGAGCAGCUGAGCGCAUCAAUAAGGAUUUUAAUAAUCUCAACAAGUCGUAUAAAACACAGGAUGUAGAAAGCUAUUUACUUCUACAAACCAAAUUAGAAGAAACUAAAAUAGAACAUUUGGCAUGGGAGAGGCGCUGCAAAUACCAAAAUCAGCAAAUUUCACUUCUGGAACAUCAAGUUAAACAGCUUAAAAGUGUGCGUAGAUUUUCAAAUUAUUCUUCGUUCAAAAAACUCACUCCUGUACGUCCUUCCGAUGGCUCCAGGAUCUUACUUAGUAUAUUACCAAGUUGAAACGCCGUAUACAGAAUUUAAAUCCAAUUUGAUGCUUCACGAAUACUGCUCACAAUUAUUCUGGUUGACAUCACCCCUAGACCUUGUGCUUCACUACCGAUUACCCCAGCUUAUUGUUGAAGGAUGCGGUUAUCGCUUUUACUUUGAAGAUUAUUUUCGCAGAAGACUGCUCAUAAUCAAGGGACAUUUUGUAUUUGAUUGUAAUUUUGCAAUACAAAU